CACGAUUCACAUCACUGCUCAUUGCAUUAUCCCACCAAACUGAUGAGCGUUGACGAAGCUUCUUCUUCUUCUUCUUCUUCUUCUUCUUCUUCUUCUUCUUCUUCGUGAUUUCCAACCCUAACCUCUCUCCUAUCAGAUAGGGAAGAGUUGCAUCUUUAGGUGGGAUUUGACUUCCUGAAGGAUCCAAUUUCAGAAGGUAUUUUUAAGCUAGUGUGGUUCUGUAGACUUCUAUGGGGGAUUGGACGAUGGCUUUUUAUCCAAAGGGAGUACUUGAGGAUUAUCUUUUCAAGGCUGUUUUAGUUGGUGAUUUAGUUUGUGGGGAAAUCAAAAUUUCUUGCAAGAUUUACUAGAGACUACUCUACUCUAAUUUGAAGUCGACCACCUGAACUAUCUUUUAUUAAUGUUUAGUUCUUUUGGAAAAAUUGCUAAACGUACCAAAAAUCUUAGUUCAUUGGAACCUAAGAUUAUUACUCAUAUUGAGAACUCUUUCAAAGAAAGCUUUUUAGCUGGGAAUAUUGGAGAUGGUAGUGGUCCAACCAAGAUGAAUGUUGAAUCAGAGCUUGAAACUGAAUGGGAGAGUUUACUUGAACCUUUUGAUCUCACAAAGCUUAGGAAGUCUCGCAUUCUAAUUACUCCUGUUCAACUUUGUAAACUGCUUGAGCUUCCACUUGAUGUUCCCACAUUGUUGGAAAUAUUUGAACGGGUGGGUGGCCAGAAGGGCUAUUGCCAUACAUUUGAUGUAUACUAUGUGUUUAUAAAUAAGCUUGGGGAAAUUGGGGAGUUCAAGGUUAUAGAUAAACUGUUAAUGCAAAUGAAAGAAGAAGGAAUUUUUUUUCGAGAGUCCAUUUUCAUGAUAAUUAUGAAACAUUAUGGGAAAGCUGGACAACCUGGACAAGCAAUUAGAUUGCUCCUAGAUAUGAGGGCUGUCUAUUUAUGUGAACCAACUUUCGAAUCUUAUAAUGUAGUUUUGGAAAUACUUGUGACUGGUAAUUGCCCAAAAGUUGCUACAAAUGUUUUCUAUGACAUGUUGAGUAAGGGUGUCUCUCCCACUGUUUUUACUUUUGGCAUUGUGAUGAAAGCUUUUUGUAUGGUUAACGAGGUUGACUCUGCAUGCUCACUCCUUAGAGACAUGACAAAGCAUGGAUGUGUACCCAAUUCUAUAGUUUAUCAGACUUUAAUACAUGCAUUAUCCCAAAGAAACCAAGUUAGUGAAGCCUUAAAGCUUUUGGAAGAAAUGCUGGUUAUGGGAUGCAUGCCUGAUGUUCAAACCUUCAAUGAUGUUAUUCAUGGCCUCUGCAAAGUAAAUAAAAUUCAUGAUGCAACAAAAUUGGUCGAUCGAAUGCUUCUUCGAGGUUUUAACCCUGAUAGUAUGACAUAUGGUUUUCUGUUGCAUGGACUAUGUAGGAUUGGAAAACUCAAUGAAGCAAGAGCAUUAUUGAACAAAAUCCCUUGUCCAAACAAUGCUAUCAUUAAUACUUUAAUCAAUGGAUAUGUUAUGAGCGGACGACUUAAGGAAGCCCAAAGUUUACUUAAUGAGACUACGAUGAAUUUUGGUUUUCAGCCUGAUAUUUUUACAUACAACAUUUUGAUCCAUGGUCUCUGCAAAGAGGGGAGUUUUAGUUUUGCUCGUGAUUUGGUUAAUGAGAUGUCUAGGAGGGGUUGCAAGCCGAAUGUGAUCACAUAUGCAACAUUGGUUGAUGGGCUUUGUAAAGCAGGGCUUCUUGAAGAAGCUCGACUUGUUUUACAUGAGAUGUCAACAAGGGGAUUGACUAUAAAUUCAGUUAUAUACAAUUGUUUGAUAUGUGCUCUAUGUAGGAACGGGAAGGUUCAUGUUUCUUUAAAUCUGUUGAGUGAAAUGUCCAUGAAAGGGUGCAAGCCUGACUUAUUUACUUAUAAUUCUCUAAUCUAUGGAUUGUGCAAGGUUGAUAGGAUUGAUGAGGCCUUCAGGUUGUUUCAUAAUAUGUUAUUGGAUGGUGCAGUUGCCAACAAUGUGACUUACAAUACACUGAUUCAUGCACUUUUAAGGAGGGGUGCAUUCCAAAAAGCACUCACACUUGUUAAUGAUAUGUUGUUCAGAGGAUGCACCCUUGAUAAGAUUACUUACAAUGGUCUGAUAAAAGCAUUUUGCAAAGCUGGGAAUGUUGAAAAAGGAUUGGAAUUAUAUGAGCAAAUGAUAAUGGAUGGACUUAGUGUUGAUACUAUAUCGUGUAAUAUUCUGAUCAAUGGGCUCUGUAAAGUUGGAAAAGUGGACAACGCAUUUGAGUUUCUAAGAGAUGUAAUCAAUCAAGGUUUUGUGCCUGACAUAGUCACUUAUAACAGUGUUUUAAAUGGGCUUUGCAAGGUUGGACGUAUCAAGGAAGCUUUAAAUCUAUUUGAUAGAUUACAAGUUGAAGGUGUUCGCCCCGAUGCUUUUACCUAUAACACUUUUAUCAGUUGGCACUGCAAAGAAGGCAUGGUGAAUGAUGCUUGUUUAUUUUUUUAUAGAGGUGUAGAAAAUGGUUUUGUACCUAGUAAUGUGACUUGGAAUGUGCUGGUAUAUACUUUGGUAAAACAAAGUAACCAGGAGAAUUUGUUUUCUGGGUCAGAAGAGUUAUGGUGAUAAAAUGUAAUAGUGAAAUAAUUUUCACGUUAGAUGUUAUUAUGGUAAUUACUCUAAUCUUGUCAUUAUUAUGGUAAUUACUCUAAUCUUGUCAUUAUUAACGACUAAAGAAUGUAUUCUGAGAUA